AUGUCUGGUGCAAAGCAAUAUGUGUACCUUAUUAAUCGCUGCUUCGAUAGCAAUGAUUGCACCCAUGUAUUCAGCACACCAAGAAAACUGCGCAACUACCUUCGAGAUGGCUACGGAUAUGUAUUCCCUGCUCGUUUGAAAUUGACCCAUCGAUACAACAACAACAAAAAAACACCUGUAAUUGCGGCAUCUAAUUUGAAUGACUUAUCAGACCAUUUUCGAACUGUGCACUAUGAUUACCUGCCCCCACAACGCCAACAGUGCAUUCAAGAUGACUUAGAUGGUAAAUCUGCCAAUGUAGAAUGCCACGGUAAUGACACCUCCCAAAACUCAAUGGACAAUUCCCCAUCAACCAAGCAAAAGCGUCUUUGCGAUGAAGGACUCUCUGUUGGGGAUAUCAUAUUUCUUCACCCUGGUUCUGAUCGUUUAGUGAUUGACAGCUUUGAUUUGGCUCAAGCUUUCUUUAACCUUCAGACUUAUUUGAAACAAGAAAAAUAG